CCUGCUUCAGACUCCUGGCAGAAACUUGAAAAGUCUCGUGAAUAUAAGAACAGUAACCAGCUUCGGGAAUACCAACUUGAAGGGAUGAACUGGCUUCUUUUUAACUGGUAUAACAGAAAAAACUGUAUUUUGGCUGAUGAGAUGGGCCUAGGGAAAACCAUCCAGUCCAUCACAUUUCUUUCGGAAAUAUUCCUCAGGGGAAUCCACGGCCCUUUUCUUAUUAUCGCCCCUCUCUCCACCAUCACUAACUGGGAGCGGGAGUUCCGAACAUGGACGGAGAUGAAUGCCAUUGUGUACCACGGCAGCCAGAUCAGCAGGCAGAUGAUCCAGCAGUAUGAAAUGGUAUACAGAGAUGCACAGGGAAACCCCCUUUCAGGAGUUUUCAAGUUCCAUGUUGUCAUCACAACAUUUGAGAUGAUCCUGGCAGACUGCCCAGAGCUUAAGAAGAUUCACUGGAGCUGUGUGAUAAUUGAUGAAGCCCACAGAUUGAAGAAUAGGAACUGCAAACUUCUGGAGGGGCUAAAGCUCAUGGCCCUGGAACAUAAAGUACUUCUCACUGGAACACCCUUACAGAACUCUGUGGAGGAGCUCUUCAGUUUGCUAAAUUUUUUGGAGCCGUCACAGUUUCCUUCAGAGACUGCUUUCUUGGAGGAGUUUGGAGAUCUGAAAACAGAGGAACAGGUAAAGAAACUGCAAUCUAUUCUAAAACCAAUGAUGCUGAGGCGGCUGAAAGAUGACGUGGAAAAGAACCUUGCUCCCAAACAAGAAACAAUCAUUGAGGUAGAACUGACCAAUAUCCAGAAAAAGUACUAUCGUGCCAUCCUAGAGAAGAACUUUUCUUUUCUGACCAAGGGGGCAAAUCAGCACAACAUGCCGAAUCUCAUCAAUACCAUGAUGGAACUGAGAAAGUGCUGCAACCAUCCCUAUCUGAUCAAUGGGGCGGAAGAGAAAAUUCUGGAAGAUUUCCGAAAAACUCACAGCCCUGAUGCCCCUGACUUUCAGCUUCAGGCCAUGAUUCAGGCAGCAGGGAAGUUGGUUCUGAUUGAUAAACUACUCCCAAAGCUGAUUGCAGGUGGCCAUAAGGUACUCAUCUUCUCCCAGAUGGUGCGCUGCCUUGAUAUUCUGGAAGAUUAUCUCAUCCAGAGAAGAUACACCUAUGAGCGAAUUGAUGGGCGAGUACGGGGAAACCUGCGCCAGGCAGCCAUCGACCGAUUCUGUAAGCCAGACUCAGACCGCUUUGUCUUUCUUCUGUGCACCAGAGCAGGAGGCCUGGGGAUCAAUCUCACAGCUGCUGAUACCUGCAUCAUAUUUGAUUCUGACUGGAACCCACAAAAUGACCUGCAGGCUCAGGCCCGAUGUCACCGCAUAGGCCAGAGCAAAGCUGUGAAAGUGUAUCGCCUCAUCACUCGAAACUCCUACGAGCGAGAGAUGUUUGACAAAGCCAGCUUAAAGCUGGGGCUGGACAAGGCUGUUCUUCAGGACAUCAACCGAAAGGGCGGCACCAAUGGGGUACAGCAGCUCUCAAAAAUGGAGGUGGAGGAUUUGCUUCGGAAAGGUGCUUAUGGAGCCUUAAUGGACGAAGAAGAUGAAGGCUCCAAGUUCUGUGAAGAAGACAUAGACCAGAUUCUGCAGAGGAGAACCCAUACCAUCACCAUCCAGACUGAGGGGAAAGGGUCCACUUUUGCCAAGGCUAGCUUUGUGGCAUCAGGAAACAGGACAGAUAUUUCCUUAGAUGAUCCUAACUUUUGGCAGAAAUGGGCUAAAAUAGCUGAAUUAGACACCGAAGCAAAGAAUGAAAAGGAAAGCUUAGUGAUCGACCGACCUCGCGUGAGAAAGCAGACCAAACACUACAACUCAUUUGAGGAGGACGAACUCAUGGAGUUUUCAGAGUUAGACAGUGACUCAGAUGAAAGGCCCACACGAUCCAGGCGCCUCAGUGACAAAGCCAGGCGCUACCUCCGCGCCGAGUGCUUCCGGGUAGAGAAGAAUCUGCUCAUCUUUGGCUGGGGCCGGUGGAAGGACAUCCUGACUCAUGGGCGAUUCAAGUGGCAUCUGAACGAGAAGGACAUGGAGAUGAUUUGCCGUGCCCUGCUGGUGUACUGUGUCAAGCAUUAUAAGGGGGAUGAGAAGAUCAAGAGUUUCAUUUGGGAAUUGAUUACACCUACCAAAGAUGGGCAGGCCCAAACCCUCCAGAACCACUCAGGCUUGUCUGCCCCGGUCCCCAGAGGGAGAAAAGGGAAGAAGACAAAGAACCAGCUAUUACUCCCAGAGCUAAAGAAUGCAGACUGGCUGGCUACCUGCAACCCUGAGGUGGUCUUGCAUGAUGAUGGCUACAAGAAACACCUCAAACAGCACUGCAACAAGGUACUUUUGAGAGUCCGAAUGCUGUACUACCUAAAAGCUGAAAUACUGGGAGAAGCAGCUGAUAAAGCAUUUGAAGGAACUCCUGCCAGGGAGCUGGAUGUGCCUCUACCUGACAUCGACUACAUGGAGAUCCCAGUGGAUUGGUGGGAUGCUGAGGCCGAUAAGUCCCUUCUCAUUGGCGUGUUCAAGCAUGGUUAUGAGAGGUACAAUGCUAUGCGAGCAGACCCAGCACUUUGCUUUCUGGAGAAAGUUGGGAUGCCAGAUGAGAAGUCACUUUCUGCAGAACAGGGUGUUACAGAUGGGACCUCAGACAUUCCCGAAAGAGGCAACACAGAUAAAGAAGACAAUGCUGAGGACAAAUUAGAUGGCCCCCAGAAACAAACGGAGAGUUCCAGUGAAGGAGGUGAUGGCAUUUUCGGUGAAAAGAAGGAUGACAGCCGGGCAGCCCAGGAUGGCUCCGACCCAGACAGAUCACCCUGGCCAGUUUCAUCUGCUCUCACGGCUCGUCUCAGACGUCUGGUCACUGUUUACCAGCGUUGUAACCGCAAAGAGCUAUGCCGACCUGAAAUUCUGGGACCAGGUAACCAAGGAUACUGGAUUCAGGAAGAGAUGUUCAGGAGAACCACAGAAAUGGACCUCAUCAACAAGGAAGUCCAAAAAAGGUGGACUAGGAGAGAACAAGCAGACUUCUAUAGAACAGUGUCAUCCUUUGGUGUUGUUUAUGAUCAAGAAAAGAAAACCUUUGACUGGACACAGUUCCGCAUCAUUUCCCGUUUGGACAAGAAGUCAGAUGAGAGCCUGGAACACUAUUUUUAUAGUUUUGUAGCCAUGUGCCGGAAUGUCUGUCGUCUACCUGCAUGGAAAGAUGGUGGUACCCCAGAUGCCACCAUCUACGUUGAACCCAUUACUGAGGAACGGGCCGCAAGAACUCUGUACCGCAUUGAGCUGUUACGGAAGGUCCGAGAACACGUGCUCAAGUGUCCUCAGUUGCAUGAACGCCUCCAGCUUUGCAGACCCAGCCUCUACCUCCCAGUCUGGUGGGAGUGUGGGAAGCAUGAUCGAGACCUGCUCAUCGGCACUGCCAAACAUGGGCUGAAUCGCACGGACUGUUACAUCAUGAACGACCCCCAGCUGUCCUUCCUGGAUGCCUAUAGAAACUACGCCCAGCAUAAAAGAUCUGAUGUUCAGGCACCAGGAAGUCUCUGUUGCCUUUACCAGACCAACUCCAAAUUAUAUGACUCUCUUACAUAUACUCAAAUGCGUAGGACUUCAGAGUCCCUUGAAAAUGAACCUGAGAAUCUAGUGAAAGAAGAAGGCAGAGAUGAUCAUCUCAGUCUGCCUGAUAUGACUUGUGAAAACUUUAUUUCUAAAGUUCAGGAUGUCAUUUCCAUUAACCAUGAUGAAAGUCUGCUGCCUGAGUCCUUGGAGAGUGUGAUAUAUGGUAAGAAGGUGCUUAGCCGAGAAUCAGGCUCUUUUCAGGACAUCCCAAAUACCAGUGCAGAAUCCAGAAAAGAUACUAUUGCCAUCUCAGCCAGCAAAGAUAGGAGCUGCCGGUCUGGUGACCAUGAGGCAGAAAUAGCUUCAGGCUCCUCUUUUAUGAGUAGCUUAGAAGCAGGAGUAGCUCAAAUGAGCAUUCAAAAUGGAAAACAUCUGUUGAUGUCUUUUUCAAAGGAAGGGGAGCUCUGCUGCAGUGAAGCAGGGCAGAGGCCUGAAAGCAUCGAGCAGCUAGAAGCCAAAUGCUUACCCUCCCCUUCCUUGGAUCCAGGAAAUGAAAGUGGGUUUGUAGAUAUGUGCAAUCUUAGUAUCUGUGAUUCCAAAAGAAAUCUGUCAUCAGAUCAGCAAUUAAUUGAUUUACUAGAGAACAAAAGCUUAGAAAGUAAAUUGAUUUUGAGUCAGAACCACAGUGAUGAGGAGGAGGAAGAGGAGGAAAAUGAGGAAGAAAACUUAGCUGUGGCAACAGGCAUGAGGGAAAAGACAGGGGUAUUGCAUCUCACAGAGCCCACUACUAACAUCCUAAGGGAAAAGAGCCGGGUCUUUCAUGUAGAUGAAACCAAGAAAGGAAGCCUGGAGGCAGCAAGCCAGACUGCUGGACCACAGAAGACUUUCCCUCCAGCAACCUGUCAGUGUCACUGCAAACACAUGGAAAGGUGGACUCAUGGCCUCGAGAAUGAUGAAUUUGAAGUGGCGAAGUCCAAGGCUUAUAACCCAGACCUGUACAAAAGCAAAACCAAUAAUAUUACUACCAUGGAGGAUGAGCCCACUGCUAUUCCAUCAGAGCCAUUUAAAGUAAAGCAUGAGCUUUUAAAAGAACCUUGGAAAGAAAGUAUAGAUGGGAAAAAAGGUUUCCCCAUGUAUCCUCUUGAAGGAAGUGAGCUCAAGUCAGAAGACAUGGACUUUGAAAAUAAAGAUGAUUAUGAUAGAGAUGGAAACUGCCAUAGUCAAGAGUAUCAAGGGAAAUACUCUGAAGAGGAGAGCAAGAGCUCAACCUCAGGCAUUGUGGGAGACAUUGGGGAUGACCUGCAGGAGGUGCGGGCACCUACCAUUGCUCAACUGCUACAGGAGAAAACCCUCUAUUCCUUCUCUGAGUGGCCAAAGGAUCGUGUGAUAAUUAACCGCCUAGAUAAUAUCUGCCAUGUAGUGUUAAAGGGGAAGUGGCCCUCCAGCCAGCAGUAUGAGCCUUCGGACACACUGCCCACCCCAGCAUUAACCAGCAGUACUGGUUCUCGAAACAGCCUCUCAGAGCCAGAAGCAGCAGAGCACAGCUUCAGCAAUGGUGCAGCAUUAGCGGCCCAGAUCCAGAAGGAGAGCUUCUUGGCUCCAGUAUUCGCAAAGGAUGAACAAAAGCACAGGCGUCCCUACGAGUUUGAGGUGGAGAGGGAUGCAAAGGGUCGGAGCCUGGAGCAAUUCUCCGCCUCCCAUGGGCAUCCCCCUAUCGUCCUUAAUGGCUGGCAUGGGGAAUCAGCAAUAGACCUCUCCUGCUCAUCAGAGGGGUCCCCAGGAGCUACAUCCCCUUUCCCAGUGAGCACUAGCACCCCUAAGAUUGGGGCUAUUGGUUCACUUCAAGGAGCUCUUGGCAUGGACUUGUCUGGGAUUCUGCAAGCUGGCCUGAUCCAUCCAGUGACUGGACAGAUUGUCAAUGGAAACCUCAGAAGAGAUGAUGCAGCCACAAGGAGGCGGAGAGGGAGACGGAAACAUGUUGAAGGAGGGAUGGACCUCAUCUUCCUGAAGGAGCAAACGCUUCAGGCAGGAAUCUUGGAAGUCCAUGAAGACCCAGGGCAGGCCACCCUGAGCACUGCACACCCUGAGGGGCCAGGGUCUGCUCCCUCAGUCCCCGAACCAGCAGCAGCAGCUGGCAGCCCAGCUGAGAAAGCCGUUCCCAGCAAGAGUCUGCUUGAUUGGCUGAGACAGCAGGCUGACUAUUCCUUAGAAGUUCCCAGCUUCGGGGCAAAUUUUUCAGACAAACCAAAGCAGAGGAGGCCACGCUGUAAAGAACCUGGAAAAUUAGACAUCAGCUCUCUGAGUGGGGAAGAGAGGGUCCCUGCCGUCUCCAAGGAGCCAGGACUGAGGGGGUUUCUCCCAGAAAACAAGUUCAAUCACACCCUUCCCGAGCCUGUUCUUCGAGAUUCAGGCCCCCGCAGGAGGGGAAGGCGGCCUCGGAGUGAACUCCUGAAAGCUCCCACCAUUGUGGCAGACUCUCCCUCGGGAAUGGGGCCACUGUUCAUGAAUGGACUAAUUGCUGGGAUGGACCUGGUAGGACUACAGAACAUGAGAAAUAUGCCAGGCAUACCCCUCACUGGGCUAGUGGGGUUUCCGGCUGGCUUUGCCACGAUGCCGACAGGCGAAGAGGUCAAAAGCACCCUGAGCAUGCUGCCCAUGAUGCUGCCAGGCAUGGCUGCAGUGCCCCAAAUGUUCGGUGUUGGGGGACUCCUCAACACACCCAUGGCCACCACCUGCACUUCCACUGCUCCAGCGUCUCUAUCAAGCACAACAAAAAGUGGUUCAGCCCCCACUGAAAAGAAUGCAGAAGACAAGCUGAGUAGUCAUGAUGUAAAAACAGACACUUUAACUGAAGACAAGCCUGGUCCAGGUCCAUUUUCUGAUCAGUCUGAACCUGCAAUAACUACUAGUAGUCCUGUGGCUUUUAACCCAUUUCUCAUCCCGGGAGUAUCUCCCGGACUCAUUUACCCAUCUAUGUUUCUCUCCCCUGGCAUGGGCAUGGCUCUGCCAGCCAUGCAGCAGACCAGGCACUCAGAAAUAGUAGGUCUGGAGAGCCAGAAGAGGAAGAAGAAGAAAACAAAAGGGGACAGCCCAAACCCCAAUCCAGAGCCUGCUCCUGGCUGUGAAAGGGAGCCAGGUGGUGAUCAGAACUGCGCCGAAUCUAGUACCCUUUUGCCCCCAGAGAGAGAACAUGUGACACAGCCUGGGGAAGGGGCACUCAAAGACUCCAACAGUGACAUCAAUUAGAACUUUUUUCAUUUAAGAAAUUAUUGUGACUUGUAAGUUUCUUAUCCCAUAAAGGUUUGUUAUUCCCUCACUUCACCUUCAUAAGAACCUGUGUUUCCAUAAGUAGGAUUGCCUACCUAAUUUCCUGUCUGAGAACUAUGGUAACAGAUGUUAAUAGUUGCAGGGUCUUACCACUUCCUUAGGUAAGUGUUGUCUACCUAGCCUAGGAGGCACAGAAUUCUCAUUCUGUUAUCCAGUUGUUCGUUCCAGCAAUUGUAGUUAAUACAGUACUUGGUGACACGCCCUACCCCCUUCUCUUCCAAUUUUCCCACUUAUUUGAGGAGGAAAAAGGCAAAAGAAUGCUGUCUAGGGAUUUACCAUUGAAGGGCCAAGGAACAGAAACAAAGAGAAGCUCUUUUUUUUCCAUGAGCUAGGUUGACUAGGAAGAAUGUCAUGGGGAACCAAAAAGCACAGAAAAAGGAAGUGCUAGAGCAUAUUUUGAGUUAAAAAUCUUUCCCUAUUUUAUCAUGAUUACUAAGUGAGUAGUAUAGACAAGUAUAUAACUAAUGGUUGAAAAUACAUAUAUUCAUUUCUUUAUUUAAGGAAAAAAACCAAACCUUACUAGUAGUAAUAAAUAUCCCCUUUUCAUGGUUUUUCAGACACCUGCAGCGAGAAGAAAUACUGACUGACUAGGCAUUAUUUUAUAUAUAUGUAUUAUUCCUCUCCCCAGUUAAAGACAACUCGCUGUGAGAAAGCUUUACCCACCUUGAGUUGCUGCUGGUGACAGGGGUGGGGCAGGGGCUGCGCUCUGUAGAGCUGCACGCUGCUUCACAAGCACACGGCCAGCACUCUGCGCUCACCCGUUCGCUUACACAUUUCUCUAGCCACUAAUUUGCCUCUUUGCAUUUAAAAAACACCAGGACUUAAUAGUUUUUGUUUUGUGCUUUCUUUCACCAAGAAUAAGGCUCCUUCUGGAGCUACGAGAAGAUAGUCACUCAACACUUUGACACUUGCCUAGGUUCUUUCGUUGAGGGUAUCUGAGGAUGUCAAAACAAGUGUGCCACCCUUUAUAAUGCAACUGUGAAAAGCUAUUUUCUUCUUGCCAUUAUUCUCUAGUCUGUUUAUAUCUUACAGUUGGACCCAAAUUCCAAAUUAGCAGUUAGUUGACACUGUGUUGCAAGUCAACAUUGUUUUCUCUUCUUCCUCAGCUUCUCUGAGUUUAGGAACAGAGGUGGGAGGAACCCACCUGGGCAGCACUUCCCCACUUUCUUUCGCCUUCCGCUCGUGUGACGUCCCUUCUGAUGGUCAUACUCUUCACAGAUAGCUCACAGCUGAGACUUGAAUAAGCUCAUGGGUCAGUACUUGGGGCACAGGGCUGCACAGGACCAUUGGAACUGUUGCAAGUGUCACUAGUGCCAGUCUCACUUUUUGUUGUCACAACUUACUGUAUUUUUUACUUUUUCUGUUACAGUUUUGAUAAUUUAUCAGAAGGUCCAAAAGUUUGACAUAACUAUUUCAUUUUGCAUUAUUUAUUUAUGAUGCUUUGUCAUUGUCUUUUAUACAUUUGGGAUUAUAAAUUAUGUAAAUGUUAAAAUGAGCAUCUCAAAGAAGUCUGUUAAAUCAUUACUGAAAAGAAUCAAUCAGAUGUAUUUUCAAAAAGUGGAGUGCUGUUUUAUGAAUCAGAGAUAUAAACCAGAAAUCUUGUAACUGAUUAUAGAAGAAGAAUACAAUAAUUGAACAAAUUCUAUUUAAUGGCAUCCUGGUAGCAUAGGCGGUCUAUGAUGCUGACAACAGAUUUCUUAGAAAUGCUGCUCUCUCUAUUUAACUAACAUUUUGUUCAGUUUUGCCUCCAGUGGAAGCAGAAAGGGUUUUUCAGCUGUUAAAACCUAAAAAAAUCAAUAUAAUUUAUUUAUGUAAAAAAAAAUCACUCAAUCAAUAUAUUUUUGAACCUUUUAAGUACUAAUUUUCUUUCUAUCAAGUAGAAAAAAAAUGUAUUUGCCCUAAAUCCUUAAAAUACAAAUACUAUAAAAAUUCCUGUAUCUUGAAAGCCUUACUGCAAAUGAGUAUUACAGACAUCCAGCAGAGUCUGGUUUUCUUUGUUGUCGUUGUGUUGUUUUGUAUGGAAAAGCUGCUUCCCCGGGUUCCACUUAUAACCUCCAGUAGGUCACAGGGUUCAAUGUGGAUCUAACUUUAAAACCCACCAGCAUGCUCAAUUCCUUGUUAUAUCUUAUCAAGUCUGUAUGUUAACUCUCUGGGUGUUUAGGCUUCUAUUUGACUGCUGUUGUGACCCUGUUUGCAAAAUGAAAAUGACAUUCUGUGGAUUAUUUGCUCUGUAAGGCACAAGUGCUUCUUAUGAUUAUUUUGACGUUUCCAAGAGCAAAAGCCAAACUUAAACUCUCUUCAGCAAACUUGAGCCUUCUCAUCUAAUUCCAUGUCACUCACAGCCAUUACUUUCCUUGAUCAUUUUUCACCCCAUGUCUUACAUAAUAAAUUGUCUGUGGUCUUGAUCCUGGAUUUUAAA